CUUGCCUUCAAAGUUAAAGCACCACAUUUGCAUGAGCGAACAUUGCACCAUCGCCACCAUAUUGUCUUACUCCCCCAACCUUUCCUCGCUCCUCUAUCGCACACUCUCCUCUCUAUCCACUAUGUCUCCCUCUCUCCUCCUCCUCCUCCUCUUCCUUGGCUUGUGGGUGACGUCCGCCACCGCCCGCUGCACCAUCACCACCUUCGCCAAGAGCUACAACAAGUGCGUCACUCUCCCCACUCAAGGAGCCUCCUUGGCGUGGACGUACCACCCCCUCAACGCCACGCUCGACCUCGCCUUCUCCGGCUCCUUCAUAUCCCCCUCCGGCUGGAUCGCAUGGGGCCUCAACCCCGACUCCCCCGCCAUGACCGGCGCCCACGCCCUCGUCGCCUUCUCCGAUCCCACCUCUGGCGGCCUCCUCCUCCUCCCCUUCGUCCUCGACCCCUCCGUCAAGCUCCAGCGCGCCCCGCUCCUGUCCCGCCCCUUCGGCCUCCACCUCCUCUCCUCCUCCGCCGUCCUCCGCGGCGCCCCAUCCGCCCGCGCCGGCGCCGAGGUCCAGAUCUUCGCCAUCCUCAAGCUCUCCCCCAACCGCACCCGCCUCCACCACGUGUGGAACCGCGGCCUCUACGUGCAGGGGUACUCGCCGACGAUCCACCCCACCGCACCCUCCGACCUCGCCUCC